CUACGGGGGUGCCCACCCACCAUUUUAACACCAAUACUUCGAUACUUGUGCUGCUGUUGCAUUUUCUUAAUCGCGACAAACACUUUUUACCAGAGAGAUGACAGACUGGAAGACGCAGAUAAGUUACAACUACAACCCUUCUUACCAUGCAUACGCCUACGGCCUCGUGUACCAACCCGGUUCAGAGCAAAACCACGCGAACCUGACUAACUGGGGCGAAGCCGGAGUCACGGAUUUGAGCAACUACAAUGCCGGGGUGACACAGGCCUACUACUCCACCACCGCCAGAACCCGGGAAGAGUCUUCACCUCGCAGUCCGGAGCAGCAUGACCUGGACGGCUCUGGUCACUACCAGGGCACAGGGGUCGUCUACCUCGGUGACACACAGGCAGGCCGUAUGCUCUUGUCCGGACCUCCGCGGACUGCUUACGACGCACGGACACAGGAGGCCAGGCGGGCCGGGAGCGAUUCUACUAGUGACUCUGAGGCUCACACCUCGCCGGAUUCAUGGAGUUCUGUCAGCAGCCGAGAAGGAGUUCUCCCCCAGGCAGACCCUGCCACCUGGGUGAAGAAAGAACUCGAAGAUGAGGCAAGCAGCAGGAGCCCUGGUGCCAGCAAAGAUGUUUCAAGCUCAAUCAUGGAAGAGCCAAGACCCUUUGCUAUCGAGAACGAUGGCACCAAGAAGACUACUGCUGUAAAUAACCCCAAAGUGAAGGCCCGUGCAGCCUUCUCAGAGAUUCAGAUGAAUACCCUGGUCCAACGCUUCAGUGUUCAGAGGUACCUCACCCCUGCUGAAAUGAAGAACCUUGCAGAGCUGACAGGGCUGACCUACAAACAGGUUAAGACUUGGUUUCAAAACCGAAGGAUGAAGCUGAGGAGGCACCAGAAAGACACCAGCUGGGUGUCUGAGCGCUACAACAAAGGCAGCCCGGUUCGUGGAAACAUGUACACCAACAUUCCCUCACAUGGAUCGUCUUAUCAGGGAGAUGCCCGGCCCCAGCUCAAAGAGCAAUACAACCAGCACAUGAUGGAGGCAGCCUUUGUGAAAAAUUCUUCACAGAACCUGGCCUUCUAUCUGGCUACUAUGGGCUCUGCUCCUGGAUCUGCUGGCUACCCCUCCUGGGCCCCUGGCUCACCCCAGACUGCAGUGCCCUCCAGGCCCCAGGCAGCUGGCUGGUCCAUGCCCCAGGCAGCUGGUUGGUCCAGGCCCUAUGAAUACAAUCCCAAUGCCUUUACCUCAGUAAGUGACACUGCUGCAAAUAACGCUGGGCAAGACACAAGCUUUGAAAGAAAGGAUGGGGAGCCGGUCAACAGCAGCAGCACCUUAAGCCCAACAAUGGUACAUAAUGCCAGCCUGUAGUUGAUGUUGAGCUGCUAAGCGAAUAAGCUUUACUUACAAUUGUUAGUGUUAUGUUUCCUGACUAGUUGCUUUGCAUGGCCGGUGUGUACAUAUCCCCUGUUCAUACUCCUGUUGAAAAUAACUUUUUUUUACAAUGAACUUUUAUUUUUAUAUGCAACUAUUUAAUGUUUUGUGUGUUCCUUGCGCUUGGUAAUAUGAGAUGGGUCCAAGUUGGAUGCAUUCUGGAUUACAUUGUUUUUUGGAACUGUUAAAGGCCAAGUGCUGAUACAGAUCUAAUGUGCACACUUUUUUACAUAAAUACAAGUUCACUUUG